AUGAACGAAUUGCCUCCGAAGCCCUGGCAUAACGUACACAUUGAUUUCUGUGGACCGUUUCCUACCGGAGAAUAUAUUCUCGUGGUCAUCGAUGCUUACUCUAGAUUCCCAGAAGUGGACAUUGUGCAUUCCACAUCAGCCUCUGCGACAAUUGCUAAACUCGAUCGAAUUUUCGCAACACAUGGAUUGCCCCACGUUGUUAAAAGUGACAAUGGCCCACCAUUUAACAGUGCUGACAUCAAGGAUUACAUGAAAGAAAAUGGCAUACAUUUUCAACCCAUAACACCGUUGUGGCCCCAAGCCAAUUCCGAAGCUGAGAACUUUAACAAACCAAUGACUAAAGCCAUCAAAGCAGCACAAGUGGAGGGGAGAAAUUGGAAAAAAGAGCUUUAUAGAUUCGUUCUAAAUUACCGUGCCACUCCACACACAACAAAAAAAUAUCCUCCAGCACAGCUACUUUUUAAUCGCAAAAUUCGAAUAAAGUUGCCAGACACAGUGGAAAAGAGUCUAUCGCCCUUGGACGAAGAAAUUCGCAAAAACGACACACAGGCAAAGGCAACGAUGAAGCAAAAUGCAGACCGGAAAAGAGGAGCUAAGGAACGUAAAAUGAGUAUUGGCAAUCUGGUACUAAUUCGACAAAGAAAGAGAAACAAGUUAACAUCCAAAUUCGAUCUGAAGCCUUUUUGUAUAGUACGAAUAAAAGGAACGAUGAUCACAGCUUGUAGAAAUGGACAAUACGUAACAAGGAACAUUUCAUUUUUCAAGCCAAUUCAGGAAAGAAAAGAUUUGGAAUUUUAUAAUGGUGCGGAUGAUGAAAAAUCAUUAGAAAUACCUGCGACCGGAGAAGGGCAGCAAGAGUUAGUUGUAGAGCACGAGGCCAUGGAGUAA